GUAGCGGCAGCUGAGCUGAGCACGGGCGUGGUUUACGGUCCUACAGGUUCGCGUUCACGCGCGGAAAUUCGCGCAGCUCGAGGGAAGUGGAGCUCGCGCUCUCCCGGUUUGUCACCUGGCCGCUUCGGGAAGCGCAGAAAUGUUGAGUUUGGGAAGCGGAGCGGCGAAAAGCGCCAAGCCGUCGUUUGUGUCUUAUGUUACGCCCGAGGAAAUCAAAUCUGAGAAAGAGCCACAAAAGAAAGAGAGGCAUCCCGACCUGCUCCCAGGGGAAGUUGUGUUCUGCAGUGCGAACCCCGUCCUCAAACACUUGCAGGAUGAAGCCUCUCAGCGGGGAAUCUUCGGCACGCUCCUCUGCACUAAUUUUCGUGUCUCUUUUAUCAGUGACGAGACAUCGGUGGAGGAGACGACUCAACACUUCAGGAAUAAGCUCUAUGGGGAAAAUGACAUUCCUCUAAUGUGUAUGGACCAUGUGUUCGGAGUUUAUGAUGAGAAGAAAAAGUUGAUAACCGGAGGCAUUCCGGGAAAUAAAUAUCCGUCAAAAAUUGUCAUUCACUGUAAAGACCUGCGUGUCUUCCAGUUCUGCUUAACCUAUACCAAAGAAGAGGAUGCCAAAAAGAUAUUUCGGGGUAUUGUUCAACACUGCCUGGAGCCAAAGUCUCUGAAAUGUGUCUUUGCUUUUUCUUACGCUCAUGCGAAACGUCCAGAAUUUCAUACAGCCCCGAAGACGGUUAUGUUCGAUUCACAAGAUGACUGGGUGCAAGAAAUGAAAAGGACCAAAGGAAACUGUAGAGUCGUCACUAAGAACGAGAACUUUGAACUUUCCACAAAAUUACCAAAGUACUUCAUCAUUCCAGCAGCUGUCACUGAUGAGGAUUUAGAGAAAUUCCCAGGAAGCGGGUUGCCAAUUUGGUGCUGGUCCCACCAUAGUGGCUGUGCUUUAUUUAAAUCCUCCUCUCUGCCCACAAGUCAGGAAGAUGGGGUUUUACAGGCCUACAUGGAGAGAAUGCUUCAGGCUGUGGCUCAGAACCACCUUUAUUCUGUUAAAACGGAGGAUCUGUCAGAAACACUCCCCACCAUUCAGGACAUUCAGCAGUCUUACUCCAAGUUCAAGCAAUAUUUUCUCAUUGAUAAUUCAACAGAUUUCUGGGUGUCAGAUGUCAAGUGGUUCUCCUCUCUUGAAAGCUCAGGCUGGCUAGACAUUAUAAGACAAUGUCUCCAUAAAGCAGUGGAAGUGGUAGAGUGCCUUGAAAAGGAAAAUACCAAUGUCCUAAUAAUGGAGGAGGAAGGUACAGAUCUGUGCUGCGUUAUUUCCAGCCUGGUUCAGAUCAUGCUGGAUCCUCACUACAGGACACUGACGGGAUUUCAGGGCCUGGUGCAGAAAGAGUGGGUGGCUGGCUGCCAUGCUUUCCUCGAUCGAUGUAAUCACCUCCAUCAAAAGGACAAGGAGAGUCAAUCCCCAGUCUUCCUGCUCUUCCUGGAGUGUGUGUGGCAGCUGCUUCAACAGCACAGCGCAGCCUUCCAGUUUUCGGAGACCUACUUGACCGUUUUGUCCGACAGCGUCUACGUGCCAGUUUUCAGCACUUUCCUCUUUAACUCUGCCUAUCAGAGAGAAAGUACAAUGAAGGCCGAGUCGCAGUACUCACAAAGAGGCCCAUUGACCUGCCCUGCAGUGUGGGACUGGUCGGUGCAGUUUGACUGCAAGGCCCAGCAGCUCUUCCUUAACCCUUUGUAUAGCGAGAAGCUCAAGCAAGAGAAAGUCUUGCGCAAAUGUCCUCGGGGAAAGCAGCACCAACGGCAGUUGUCGUUGCCCAGCUCUGCAUUUAAAACACCUCUCAAGAAGGGUUUCUUCAAAGAUGAAGCAGACAGCCUGAAGAAGCUGCUUCGUGUAAAGCGCCUCAGCCGCUGGAUGGUGUCCCCCGAGAGCACGGUGCCAGGGAGCACUAACGAGUUCUACGAGGCUUGGCAGCGUCGCCCGGCAGAUCCACACGGCCUCCUGCUGCCGUGUCUAUCUGGACCAGCUAUGCGUCUGUGGAUGCAGCGGUGCCUCCGCUGGAUCCCUGACAGCCAGAUUGUGGGUGGAGGCUCGGUGGCUGUCACGAGCAAGAUUACUGAGCUGCUGGCUCAAGUGCAGGAGCUCCAGAGUGAGCUAGAAUGCAAGGGGUGUUGGGAUACAAGGUCUGAAAGCCACCGCCUGCAGCCAGGGCCAGUGGCGUUCACACGGUCCUCCGUGCGCCUGUCGUCCUCGUUCCCCUUUGCUUCCGGUCGGAGCUGGUGCGCCAAGCCUGCCAUUCCCACAAGCCUUCUGCAUAGUCUAAUGGUGAGCGAUAAGCUAGCGAGCCAAGAUGACGAAAGCAGUGAAGUCAUAAGCUAUGUUUAGGAGCAGGAGAGUGAUGUCAUUCACUGCUAUGGAGUGAAUUUACAUGUGUAUUCAAGGUGUGUCUGUGUAUGUACAUGUGUAUGUAUGCAUGUAUACAGACCCGGUCAAAUGAUUUAAAACACCUUAUUAAAUGAAUCCUGAAGCUGUCAUCAAGGCAAGAAUUAUGAAUCUGAAAAAGGAAAAAUAAGGUUUAAUUCAGUAGUAUAUUGAGACAAUGAGAUUCAAUCAUCAACCUGGAUAUGAAUGAAUUUUUUAAUGGAAAUUAUCCUAAGAGUAUUUAAACAAGAAAUAUGUUCAGAAAAAUCCAGUUCAGGGGAAAGAUCUUGUGAGUUUGUGUACAUUUACAUAUUAGAAGACUCUCUUAUGUAAAACUUUGAUUGGCUUUAAAUUGUAUAAUUGGAGAUGAGUAUGUUUAAGGCAUUCUUAUAUAUGGAUUUCACUGUCAAGUUUAAGUCACUUAUUUAUUUAUUUUUACACACACACACACACACACACAUAUAAUGACUUGAAAGAAUUAGAACCAAAGAUAAAAGACAUGUCUUCCUGUAAACUGAGGAAAGGCUAGUGUGUUUAUUAUGGCUUAUGCAAUUUCUGGGUGUCACUAAAGACAAAUCCGCUGUGGCAGUAAUGUGCUUUGUAAUUUAUAGUCUGCAGUUGAUCAACACACACACACACACGAGUAUGAAGAACAUCUGUGUUACUGAAACAUUUGUAAACCGCUUGGUGUGUCCUGAGAUGAUAUUCACUCACAACAUUAAUCAGAUCAUUGUUUAAAUUGUAAGAGCAGGGUCCAGACUGAAGAAGAUAAAAUUUAAAGAAGGUUUGAUGAUCACUUUUGGGUCACUGCCAGAAAAUAUCUCAAAAUCUCUCUCUCUCUCUCUCAUCUCUCUCUCUCUCCCUGUCUCCCUCUCCUUCUGUCUCUCUCUCUCUCCCUGUCUCCCUCUCCUUCUCUCUCUCUCUGUCUCUCUCUCACUCACUCUCUCUCUCUCCCUCCCUGUCUCCCUCUCCUUCUCUCUCUCUCUCUCUCUCUCUCUCUCUCUCACUCACUCACUCACUCACUCUCCUUGUCUCCCUCUCCUUCUCUCUCUCUCUCUCUCUGUCUCCCUCUCCUUCUCCCCCCCCCUAAUAUAUAUAUUAUAUUGCCUAUAUGUCUAUUAUUAGCAGGGAAAUUUAUAAACCCUUACAGUGUAAAUAGGCAUGGUCAAACCAUAGACUCGUAUCUGUGCCUUGAUUGAUUUGAAGAUGAGAUGAGACCAAUAAGGUCUUAAGUUUGGUUUAAAAGCAGCAGAUCUUUUGUGUAGUGUAAAUUACUCAAAUUGAUCUGAGUGAUAGAACAGGGAUCUGUAGGUGGACCCUACUGUAUCAGAACUCCUGACUUGAGCCAUAAGAACUAAACCUUUAAAGAAGCGUAUAUGCAAGUUCUAUAUCAGGAAUGCAGUUUAUUUUGUACAUGUUGCUUAGGCAUUUAUUUACCAGGUUGCACAGUCCACUAUGGAUUGGAUUAGUGGUUUCUAACCCCAAAGACAUGUAGUUUUGGCUUGUUACUGAUGUGGAUUUUCACCAAAUCCUUAAUAAAUGAGUAGCACUUUUCUAGUAUGACUGUACAUGUCCAAAAACAAUUUGGUGCAUAGUGAACAUUUCAGUUUUCACCUGAUUAAUAUGUCUAGUAUUACAGUGGAGUUUGAGGAAAUUCAGAGGAACUUGAUCAAGUUCUAGACAACUAAUCCAAGUAAGAAAGAAAAGAUUUUAUUAUAUGUAU